AUUUAGAGAAUUAUAUUAAGAAUGAAGGUGAUUUUGGUAUUGAUUGGAUUGGUCAGCAUUGUGACAUCUACAAUUUACACAAUUGACUCAGAUACAAGCAUUGGCAUAACUCUUGACAAAGACAAUAGGAGACUAUACUUUAACCAUACUAUGCUUGCAGGGCACUUCAUCGGACUUGGAGUUCAAAACUCUGAAGAUGAUGCUGAUAUUUAUGGUAUACAAGUUACUAUGGAAGACGAAGUCACAACUGCAAUGAAGAUCUUUGAUGUUUACAUUACCGAAGGAAACGAAGUUCAUUCUUAUACUAAACAGGCUUAUAAAGGAAUAAAACUGAGACAAGCUCUCCCAAGAGUAUCCUUGGAAUACUACAGGCCUCUUAAGUUGAACAGAAAAGGAAGAAAUCAAACUCUUGAGUUUGACAAAGAUUACAGAAUGACGUACGUCUUUGAAGAACAAAAUAUCGAAGAUAGAGGCUUCUCUAACAGAGGAUAUUUUACUAUGAGACUUGAUUCUAACACCGGGCUAGUUUACAUCAAUAAUUCUCUCAAAGGUGAAUCUGGAGAAUUCAUAAAAACUAGUGCUUAGCAAUAUUAGUACUUACUUUGCUUUAAAGCUUAC